AUAUUUUAAAUGCAUUCAUUCCUCUGUGUUCAAGAAAUAAUAUAUAUAAAUAUCGUCAAAGAAGAAAGAGUCGCUUCUCCAUUAGAAGACAGCCUGUUUUCAUUGUUUGAACGUCAAACAGAUACCAUAGCAGAUUAUGAUGAUUACUAUUUGUAUCGUUGCCUUAUUUGUAUUGGUGAAUUUUGCUGAACCAAGUGAAAACUGCAACACUAGAUAUGAACGGAAAUACAAACGUAAAAACUGUAGCUGCUCAAUACCGGUCAAACAACUACCAAAAAACUGUAUAGAUAUCAGAAAAGAGAUUCAUAAGAAUGAAUGGGAAAGGACUUACGGAAAGGUUCAUUUAGCGAUUAUAGCUGUGGGACCAGUUGGAAUUAUUUUAAACACUUUACUGGUUUUGGUAAUGCUUCGUGAUCCCAUGAAGAUCCUUCAUCGUGGAGCAUGGAUAACAAUCCUUAAUCUUUCUUUGUCCGACACAAUGGCUUGCUCAGCAAGAGUGGCAUCUUCAAUUAUCGUAAAAUGGUGGGAUAUUGAAGUAAACAACAAGUCCAAAAUUUAUACAGAGUUCUUCUGGCAAUUUGGUGUAGUUGGCUCAUUCUUUUUUCUUACGCUCCUCACAGUCCAAACUUUCAUGAUAGUUAAAUAUCCCAUAAGAAGCCGCCUUGCCAUGACAAGAAGAAGAGUUUUACUUAUCAUUGGGAUUGUGUGGGUUAUGUCGUUGGCGCUUGCUCUACCUGAAAUCGACGACAUUUCUAAAGAUAAAAGACAUUAUUUUUUCUUGGCAACCAUAUCUGUUUUGGAAUUUGCAACAAUCAUUCAGAUCAUAAUGAAAAUAUUCAUAAUAAAAGAAAUUCUCUCACCUAUAGAAAUGAUGACAAACGACUUCAGAAACGAGCAGCAAAGAGAAGUCGCCAAAACUGUUAUCCUACUCAAUGCUAUUCUUAUGGUUACAGCCAUUCCAUACUUUAUUUUCAAACAGCGUACAUUUCUACUGCAUUUUGUUGAAGUCUAAAUGAUGGAUGGCUCUACAAAAUUCAACUGUUAUUUCUCGCAUUUCUUCAUUUUAACAAUUCUUGUUUAUGUCAUAGAUAUUAAUUUCACUACUAAAUUAUUUUGUUAGCAACAUUCAUCAUUGGAAGUGCACUUGAGGCACUAUAAUUUUGCCAUGGUCCAUGUAUAUAUGUAAUAUGUGCGAUGUAAACGGAUUCUAUUUAUAUCUUAAAGCUCAAACCAAUCCCAAACUUGUACAACUGUUUCAUUUCUUUGAUAAUAAUGAAAUGCUCAUACGUUUUAUUCA